GUCCAGGUUGAAACAAACAUAUGCGCACAUCCCGCCUUCAGAGAUUGUUCCGGAUACAUCUGUACAAUACUCGAGAAUACUCAGUCCUCAUGGAACUGAGGCCCGAAUCCGAAAGUCAGAGUCAGUUGGCAUGGAACAAAUCGAGGCAUUCGACCCCUUUGCCGAACCAAAGCAGACCGAAUUAUUCAGCCAUGACAUAUAG